AUGGCUCAACCUGUAAAUUUCAAUGAAUCGAAUGAGUUCUGUAGCCGUGUAGUCUAUAUAGACCUCAACCGAUCCACUCUUCGAGACGAUGAGGGCAAUAUUAGUAUAAUAGAAAAUCCCGAACGAGGCAAUAUUCGGGCAAAACUCACCAAAGAGAUGCAGAAACUAGGGUGGUACCCGGGAGAAGCUUCUACCUCAUUUAUCUUCUACAAAAGAGACGAUGAAAAUAGCGCUGAAGAAAAUGUAAACGAAGCGAUCAGGAGAACUAAUGAAACGUACCGAUAUGCUCACUUCCAAUUUGCUUUGCUGAAACCAAUUCGUCUCUCCAAUGUAGACGACGAUGUUGAUGGUCUUAAAAAUCUAUUCUCCAACUUUCCUGCUGAUGCUGAAAAUGAGAAUUGA